AUGGCUGAAGAAGGCUUCGAUAUUAAGGCAACUUACUUGAAGUUCUUAGAGGAAGAUCAAGAUUUGACCAUGCCUAUUGCGGCCAUUGAGUCGUUAGUUACAAUGUUAAGAAUCAAACAACCAAGUACAUCAUCAGAAUUGAUUAAUUUAGUGAAAUCCAAUAUUGAAACUUUGAAAAAAUCGAUUCCCAAUGCAAUUUCGCUUUCAGCUGGUUGUGAUUUAUUUAUGAGAUUCGUUUUAAGAAAUACCAACUUAUAUUCUGAUUGGGAAUCAUGUAGGAAAAAUUUAGUGGAAAAUGGGCAAUUAUUUGUUCAAAGAGCUAAGGAAUCAAGAUCUAAGUCUGCUGAGUUUGGUGUUCCAUUCAUUAAGGAUGAUGAUAUUAUAUUAGUGCAUUCAUAUUCAAGAGUAGUUCAUCAAUUGUUACUAAAGGCAAGAUCUGAAAAAUUAAUACGUUUUAAAGUAAUUGUUACUGAAGCAAGACCCACUGGUAAAGGGUACCAUAUGGCCGAAGUUUUGAGAAAGGCAGACAUACCGGUUGAGCUUAUUGUUGAUAAUGCCGUUGGAUACGUUAUACAUAAGGUUGAUAAAAUUUUAGUUGGUGCUGAAGGGGUAGCAGAAAGUGGUGGUAUAAUUAAUCAUAUUGGAUCUUACCAAAUAGGGUGUUUGGCUAAAACUAACAAUAAGCCUUUUUACGUUGUCACUGAAUCUCAUAAGUUUGUUAGGCUUUUCCCGUUAUCUCCAAACGAUUUACCCGAUGGCAUACUGAACUUAGUUGAACAAAGUAACUCUGGCGAUGAAGAUGACGAUUUGUUUAAGACUCAACUAAUUGAUUUCACUCCUCAUGAAUAUAUCACUGCAUUGAUUACGGACUUGGGUGUUUUAACUCCAUCAGCCGUUUCCGAAGAAUUAAUUAAGAUGUGGUAUGAUUAA